AUGAAUUUUCUAUCGGUGAAUCUAAGGGGAGUCCGGGACUCCAGGAAGGUGGAGUGGAUAAGAGGCCUGAAGACAACUCAUGGGGCACAUUUUGUCGCGAUUCAGGAAACAAAGAUGGCAGGUAAUUUCAAUUUUUCGAUUAACCGUUUUUGGGGCAGAACAUUACUGGACUAUGAAACGGUGGAGGCGAUUGGUAGAUCUGGGGGUCUUCUAACGAUUUGGGAUCCCACUGUGUUCGAAAAAUUCGGGGUGAUAAAGAACCGUAAUUUUUUAGCGGUCGCCGGCAAACUCCGAAUGACCGGGGAUGUUGUGUUAGUUGUUAACAUAUACGCACAGAACGAUCCGAUCGAAAGACGUGCGUUGUGGGGGGAAUUGGUGCAGCUCAGGAGAUCACAACCAGGGAUGUGGGUGUUUCUCGGUGAUUUCAACGACGUAAGGAGACCUGAAGAGAGGUUCAAUUCUGAAUUUAAUAGCAUGAAUGCUCAUUUUUUUAAUCAAUUUAUUGAAGAUGCGGAUCUAGUCGAAUAUCAAAUGGGCGGAAAAAAAUAUACAUACAGGUCGGAUAAUGGUACAAACAUGAGUAAAUUGGACAGGUUCUUGGUAAGUAGAGAUUUCAUGGGUAAAUGGCCGUUGGCUUCGGUUACGGCUUUAUCAAACCUGGUCUCUGACCAUUGUCCUAUACUUCUAUCCACGGUGGAAAUAGAUUAUGGAAAGAUCCCGAUUCGUUUGUUCAACUCCUGGUUCGAAAUCCCGGGAGCGGUUGAAUAUGUAGAAAACCUUAUGGCAGUGUUCCGAUUUCAAGGGCCGGCUGAUUUGGCGUUAGAUGUAAAGUUAAAGUGGGUUAAGAAGCGGCUUAAGGAAUGGGUGUAUAGCCGAAAGUCUGAGAUGAACAGUGAGUAUAAUGCAAAGGUGAAAAGACUGGAGGAAAUCGAAGUGGUAGCUGAACAGAGACUCCUAAAUCAAGUGGAAUUGGAGGAAAGGGCAGAGUGCAAGGAUCUUAUAUCGGAGAUGGAUAGAUUAAAGUCCAUGGAUAUGAGACAAAAAUCUCGGUACGAUGGGCUAAGGACGGGGACGAGAACACGAAGUACUUCCACGGGGUAG